AGAUUUUACCGUGUGCAUUAUUUUGUACUGUCCUUCUUACAGGGACUACUACUCAGUUCCCUGUUUCCCUGCCAUCUUUCUUCACAAGGUCCAGGGGCCAUAACUUGAAGGGGGAAACGUGGAAGAAAACGAGAGAAGGAAAAAAAAAAAAGAAGACUUCGAAUACGGAAGAGGAGAGAGAGAGAGAGAGAGGAAAGUAAGCUCAGCACAGGGGCGAGAUGUCGGCCAGAAGAAAUUUCAACCAGUAUGUCACUCUCGUAGGCCUAUUUUUCCUCGGGAUUCUCCUGUUCACCGUCCACAGAGGAAUACCGAUCCCUCAGGCGGCGCAAUGCUCCAUUCCGGCGCUCACGUCCUCAGCUCAGUACAAGCGAUACAUCAGCACGAAACAGGCGAAGUGUGACAACUGGGCCCAGUUAGGAGGAUGGUUUGCUGCUCCCAAAGAUGGCGCUAAAUUGGUGUGUCUGGACGAGAGGUUUGGCAUCCAAGCAGGAAAGUGCGUCGUCUUGUCCUUCGGUGUAAAUAACGAAUGGUCUUUCGAAGAUGACGCCGAGAAGUUGGGGUGUAAGGUGUAUGCCUUCGACCCUACCAUGGGUAAGGAGGACCACCAGAGGACGCCCAGCAUCCAGUUCUUCAAGCUUGGCAUCUCGGACGUCGAAGGAGAAAAGAAGAUCGGCAUGAACCCACUUGUAACAACCUUCAAUUUUCACAAACCGUUCCCCGUCGACCGCUACGAGAACAUCGUCCGGCGUCUGGGACUCGAAGGCCGCGUCAUCGACUACGUCAAGAUGGACAUCGAACUCGCCGAGCUGGACGUCCUGCGCGACCUGCUGGACAACUCGCCUCGCCUCCUCAGGAACAUCAACCAAUUAGCUAUAGAAAUCCAUGAUGAUUAUCGAAUUGGAGACUUCGGUCCCAACAGCACCGUGCGGAAAUUCUGGCCGUUUUUCCACAGGCUUCGCUGUCACGGCUUCUCCAUCAUGAUGUCCCAAGCGAGUGAACUUUGGAGGGAAGUGGUGUGGAGUCGGGACACUGCUGGCAUCCCCUUGGCAGAAUAAAAACAGUGCGAAUGUAAUAAGUGGCAGUGAAAAAGAAUGACGUGUGAUAAGUGACAGUGAUAAAAGUGACAAGUGUUAAGCGACAGUCAAAAAAGUAGUGACGAGUGAGAAAUGACAGUUCAAGAUAACAGUGACCGGUGUUUAGUGACAGUGAAAAAAGCAGUGUCGACUGGUAGGUGUUAUUGAAAUUAAAACAGUAAAUUAUAAUGUGAUCCCUAAAGAUAGAUAUGAUGAGUCACAGGGACAAAUGAUAUGUAGAUGGCAAUACAAUGUUUUAU